CUUCCAACAACAGUAGAGCUGCAGGAGCGUCGAGAGCACAUCAGCGCCGCACAGACGCAGACGCAGUGUAGUUGUCGUUAGCUGGUAAAAUGGCGGGCGUGCUGUUCGAGGAUAUUUUCAACGUGAAAGACAUCGAUCCCGAUGGAAAGAAAUUCGACCGAGUGAUAAGGCUGCACUGCGAGUCGGAGUCCUUCAAGAUGGAUCUCAUCUUGGACAUCAACAGCUGGCUUUACCCGAUGGAGUUGGGUGACAAAUUCCGACUGGUGUUGGCGACGACGCUACGCGAAGAUGGUUAUCCUGACGGUGGUGACUGGAACGCCGCUGAAAUGGAAGGCGGAUCCAGGGCGAAUUCCUUCGAGUACGUCAUGUCCGGCAAAGUCUACCGGAUAGAGGGCGACGAGGCUAACAACGAGCCCAGUAGCCGACUAUCGGCCUACGUGUCGUUCGGCGGCCUACUGAUGCGGCUGCAGGGUGACGCCAAUAACCUGCACGGCUUCGAGAUCGACCAGCACAUGUACCUGCUCAUGAAGAAGCUCGCCUUCUAAGAGCUUAAGCAACAGCCUUAUACAUUAUACACCGCAGAGGAAGAGAGAAGCCCAGUGAGGCGAGAGCGAAAGCGCGCGAUAUGAACGGAAGACGUACAAAUGAGAGAAGAGGCGAGCGGACGAGCCCAACUCGAACUGACGUUAAUUUUUCGGCUAUCGCUUUCUUUUUCUUCUCUCCAAAUGUUUCUAGUUACCGAUGAGUUGGGCCGAUGCGUUACUUCUCCGCGCGAUUAACUUUUUUUCUAUUUUUUUAUUACCGAAUUAAUUUGCAUUUCGCGAAAGAAAAAAACAACCGUUCGAGCAGGACAAAAAAGCUUCUUUUUUACCGUAACAGCGUACGAAGCAGCAAACUCAAGCGAGGAGGAAAAAGAAGCCGCGAGACGUGUUUCCUGUACGCGUGUAAUAAUGAAACUGCCAAUUUUUGUUAGACCACGAUUUUAUACCCAAAGAAAGUGACGAAUAAAAUGUCUUAUGAAAAACCAA